AAAUAAGGUAGUUGGCGUUUUAAAGACUGUUUAUAUGCAUAUAGGAAGUUCAGAGAAGUCCUUAAAAACAAACUUUGUUCUCAGAAAAAACGAUUAUCACAAACCAGAACAGAAAUCGCACUUCAUACUUUUGAACAUUUGGAAAACUGUACGCAAUGUUUGCUGCAAUUAAUAUUUUGUUAAUAAUUUUGAUAUCGUUUGCAUUUGGAUUUGAAUCAGCUUUUGAGGAAGAAAACAGUACUUGUCUGGUGAAAAAUUUGGAACCCGGGCAUUUAUUGUCUUGUACUGACAUGGAGAACUUCCCAGUGUCCAUUCUGUCGGAAGUACCCAGUGGAUCGUCAUGCAACAUGCUCUGUCCUCGUAAAGACGUCGAAGCCUGGGUCACGUGUGAUGACGGAAAGUGGAACGAUUACUACAUCAAAUAUUGUGAGGAGGCAACACCAAUAAAACAUGCACAUGUGAUUAAAAAACGGGGGUGGCGAGUUAGGAUUAGGAUUAGGGUCCGGCGGUUUGUACGCAAGAUUAAAUGUUUUUUUGGAUCCAGAAGCUGCAAACCUCGUGAUAAUACUGCACCAAGUUUAAAAUGUCCACCGGAUCAGAAAGUCAUUGCGGAAAAAUCACAAACAUGGAAAAGGGUUGACUGGGUGGAACCCACAGCCAACGAUGGCGUCGAUGGGCCGAUAACACCAACGCGUCAAGGAAACGGACCCGGAAGUAUAUUUUCCGGAAAGAGCAUUAUUGGAUACUAUGCCCGUGACAAGAGCGGAAAUAUGGCCCGAUGUUUCUUUUCCGUGACAGUUACAGUGGUAAGGUGCCCUCCACACAAACCCAUAAGUAACGGAUAUUUCCAGUGUCACCCGAGUAAUGAUCCAAGAUAUGGUGCAAGGUGUACUUUCGGAUGCUAUCGUGGGUAUUUGCGCAUUGGAAACUCCCAACUAGACUGUUUGAAUUCAGGGUCAUGGAAUUACCCGACUCCCCGUUGUCAAAAAAAAACAUGCCCAACACUUCCUCCUGCAGUUGGCAACUUACAGUAUUCCUGUACCGACGGAAACAAAUAUCGCAGCAUCUGCACAUAUUCGUGCGCGAGUGGAUAUGAUAUCACUCCUGGUAUGUCACGUGUUCGGGUUUGUACAGCCUUUGGCUAUUGGCGAGGACCAGAGCCCUCAUGUAAAGAUAUUGAACCCCCAAAACUUGAGAAUUGUGUACAUACGGUAUACGCAUUUGCUAAUCGCAAUUCAACGUAUGGUGUUGUUACGUGGAAGCAACCGACUGUCAUUGACAAUCACGAUAACAACAUCACUGUGAUCAAAGAGGGAACCAUUUCACCAGGUGACGUAAUAGCGGCCGGAAACUACAAAGUUAAUUACAGAGCCAUAGACACAUCAGGAAAUCAGGCUACUGUAUGCACAACAAACAUCAUAAUGAAAGUUCUCACGUGCCCCACUGUGUAUCCAACGCCUUUCUUGGAUGUGACCUGUCCUUGGGGAGCGAAAUAUGGCAGUCAGUGUGAGUUUCGCUGUGACCCUGGGUCGGUUCGAAACGGAUCUCAGAUUGCCGUCUGCGAAAAGAACGGAAAUAAUAACUACGGAUACUGGACGUGGGGCGACCGACAGCCAUUUUGUCAAGUUAUACAGAAUUGCAAGCGGAAACUAAAUGAACCUAAAAAUGGCGCCGUUGCUUGUGACUACUGGUUGGGUGGAAAGUUUUGCCAAAUGCUUUGCAAAAGUGGAUUUGAUGUCAGACCUGGGUAUCAAUUUUCCGACAUGAUUGUUUGUGGUGAUAGUGGAAAAUGGCUUCCAACAGGGGCACUUCCGCUCCCGGACUGCACAGAUACUCGCAGAGCAAGGGGAGGAAGGCUACGAAUGUCUGCCACGUACUAUUUCGAUGGUGAUUGCACAAACGCCUCUGUUGUAGCAGAAAUAAAGAGCAAAUUUAUUGCAACGUUAAGUAAUUCAAAAUACAGAGAUGCUUGUCAAAUACAUGCAAAAGAAUGUAAAGCGGAAAACGUUCAGGUGAAAUGUGGAGGCGUUGGACGAAAACGGCGAUCAGCUGAAUUAAGACUGGACUUUGAUAUCGCUGCAUACUUCGACAAUAGCACAUUUUCGGAUUCUUUUGCACACCUUAGACGCAACCAGUUGAACCUGACACAUACGAUAAGAGAUGCACGAGCGUCAGGAACCCUUGACUUUAACAUCAGCUUUGGGGGAAGCAUGGAAGCGCAAGAUAUUGGCAAUUAUGAUCUCAUACUUGACUGCCCAGAGAAGACGAUUCCAUCGUACAAAACAGUAUCAUGUGUUGAAUGCGCUGCUGGCACAUAUUAUAAUGUUACCACGGAAACUUGUCCGAUGUGUCCGCGAGGAACCUAUCAGUCCGUAAGUGGUCAAGAUCACUGUGUCCCGUGUCCAGCCGGUUAUACGACAGAAGCAGUAGGUGGACAGCAGGUAUCGCAUUGUAAACCUGGUUGCAAACCUGGGUCAUGGUCACGUAAUGGGACCCCGGAUUGUUCUCUGUGUCCAAUUGGGACUUACACAGAUCAGUAUGGAUCUUCCGAAUGUAGGAAAUGUCCAGGGUCAACGACCACAGUGGAAGAAGGGUCAAAUGCACUGUCACAGUGUCAAGAAUUUGAUCUAUUCCUUACUGACGAUAACAGUUUGGUUUCCGUAAACUUCGACACACAAAAGAGUACCGACCGCUUUGUAGUUUCAUUUUGGACAAGUAAUGACCAUACAUUGAACACCCUAGAAAUCAACAUUUCAACUGUUAGUGGAAUGAGAAUUUUGCAAAUAGAGAUCGGCACUACGAUUAGAGUCAGCAAUAGCAGUCGAACCAUUGAAACAAGGCGACAACUUACCACCAGCAGGUGGCAAUCUGUGGUGCUGACAGUCGAUGGUGGUGGUAUGAACCUGUAUAUUAAUGGUGAAAAUAGCUGGACCAUGGAUUUAGAAGUUGAAUUAGCAGCACAAAUGAAGCUGAGUUUGAAAGGACUAGCAACAGUAUCACAGUUAAACAUAUGGAGUUACAACACCACGACUCUCUCCACUAUUCUUCAAAUGACGAAACAGUGCUUUAACAGUAAUAACGGUGACAUUUUUAAAUGGAAGACGUUCGAAGACGUAUCCGAUGAUAAUACCUUUAUACAAAUACCCAGCCACUGUGAUUAUGUUGAUGACUGCCUCUCAAGCCCAUGUCUGAAUGGAAAAUGCGUGGACAAGUUGAGUGGGUACAGCUGCGACUGUUAUUAUGGUUUCCUCGGUGACAAUUGCGGAGAGAACAUAGACGAUUGUGUAGACCACGCAUGCGACAACAAUGCAACCUGUGUUGAUGGCGCCGCGGAUUACACUUGUCGGUGUGAAUAUGGAUAUAAGGGAGAUCUGUGUGAAGUAGCAAUGGUUGAUGGGUCAUGGGGAGACUGGGGUGAGUGGUCGUCCUGUUCAGUAACGUGUGGGAAUGGAACACAACAAAGGUCUAGAAUUUGUAACAACCCAGCUCCUGACAACGGGGGACUGGACUGUCCAGAUAGCAGCACAGAAAAUACGACUUGUAACCAAGAAAAGUGUCCAGAGUGUUCCGUUUUAGAAAAACUGGAUAAUGUGAUACUGACAUGUAGUAAUGAUAGUGACGGCAUCAACUGCACGUUCGAUUGUGAAGAUGGAUAUGAUUUUGAUCAUGAUAUUAAAUCUUUCUAUUAUUGCGGAAAAGAUACAUUUUACCUCUGGGAUUUCCAGACAGACGACAAUCCUGAUGGCAAAACACCUUACUGUUCUGAGAUAAAACAUGGUAGCAAAGUACAAGUAGGCUAUUCUGCCGCGUACAAAGACCUGCACUGCGAUACCUCUAGUAUAUACAGUGAAACUAGUUCAACAGUCCCGCACGCCGUUCAGCGAGGUCUCAAUAACGUUAACUGUAUAGUAACGGGUGUCUGUGUACUGGACAAAAUAGCAGUAACUGGAUGUAGUCAGAGACAAAAGCGGUCCACCACGCCUACUACUGCAGGAUUUCAAGUCUCAUUGACAUGUGAUCCAACUCUCUAUGGGUCCGAGCAGUGUUACGGUGCCUUGUAUACAUCAGUUGACGAUUUACAGACUAUGGCUCAGAAUAAUUCCUUCGACACUACUAUACAAGGAACAUUGUACGAAAUCAACAUGACGGGUACAGAUGCAACAAGCUCAGUAUCCUGUCCUACUGGUUCAGUCCCUGUCGGAUUCUACUGUGUUCCGUGUGGUCCUGGUCGCUAUUACAAAGAUGAUGAAUGUGUCAAGUGUGACUUCGGAACCUACCAGGAUCGUUCAGGACAGCUGUCUUGUAAAGAAUGCCCGGAUGAAACUACUACUCCCGGGAGAGAGUCACGAAGUUCCACAGAAUGUUCUGUUAAACUUCAGAAUUCUAAAGAUGAAAGUGGCGUUAUUGUACUGGGCAUUCUAUCUUCUAUAAUUGUGGGUGUUUUCCUUGGGAUGACCAUUUUCUCUAUAAGACGAUAUUUUUCCUCCUCGGAGAGCAAAGGACCAAUGACUGAAAAACCGAAACAGUUACACAACAUGCAGAGUAAACCUGCCUUCAUACACAGGAAGACAAUUAGAACUCCCAAAUUAAUCAUAUCGAAGGCACCGCUGUCCGUGACGAAGGAUUUCAAGACAGCAGAAGACAAAGACCUGGAGGUCAUCUAUCUACCACACUAGUCAGAGACAGUAGACGCUGUGUAGUAUUUACACUGGUCAUUCCUCAGGGGAAAGAGAGAAAGGGAGAGAGUGGGAACGAGAGAGAGACCGCGAGUGCCAAACAGACAGAGUAUUAUUGAAUGACUGUAGACAAUUAUUGAUCUAUAUUUUCUGUUGUAAAAUAUAUUUUUUUAUUUGAGAUACAAUUUUAAGCCUUUAUGAAUCACUUUACUGUCUAUGUUAUUUAUCCAUCAAUAAAAACAGCUGAUGUCAA